UCCAACGAAAAGAUAUUUAGGCGUCGCGACAGGUGUUUUUUCCUAAUGUAGUAAAACAAAGCGGACAUUUUACUGUCAUUUCGAUGCUAAUUCAUAUAAUCAAUAAUGUUACUUUUAUUUACGCGAUUUUCCCAACUCUUAUAGAAGCCGAUGGUCUAAACCAGUUAAAUUAUAGCACCUAGUAAGAAUAAAUAUGACAAAAUAAAAGAAAAACGUGUGAUUUUGUAGUUCAAAUAUGAAAUAUUUGCACGAACAGGGUUUUGUAUUGGUUCAUUUUUAAUCUUUUGACUACAACUCCCAUGAGUCUGUGCGCUGUCGCCUGACUCCUUGGUCGUCUCACAUGACUGGAAUGUCAACAAAUGCAGAAAAGUGUUGAACUGGCACAAAAUCUCGGGGUAUAAAUUAAAAUCGCGGAGUUUUCAGGACAGAGACUUUCUUGCCACAGCACGCGGAGGACUUCCGGUCUUUAAGAGUUCAUUAUGUCAACCAUGGCGCCUGAAACAGACAGCAGAAAGCUGACCGGGCUCGUCGCUGCCACAUUCACUCCGUUCACCACAGAGGGUGAAAUCAACCUAUCAGUGAUUGGUCCAUAUGUCCAGUACCUGAUAGAGAAGCAAGGCGUAAAGUCCAUAUUUGUGAACGGCACCACCGGGGAGAGCAUGUCUCUGUCCGUGGCCGAGAGGAAGGCUCUGGCGGAGGAGUGGUGCCGGACGGCCCGGGGCAGAAUGGAUCAGGUCAUCGUGCACGUCGGCGCCAUGAGUCUGAGCGACUCGCAGGAUCUGGCGCGUCACGCCGCUCAGAUCGGAGCCGACGGAAUCGCCGUCAUCGCCCCCUUCUUUUUCAAGCCCCAAACUGCAGAAGCUUUGAGGAAAUUCCUGCAGGAAGUGGCUUCAGUGGCUCCAUCCGUGCCGUUCUACUAUUACCAGAUCCCGGCGAUCACCGGCAUCAACAUGCCUGUGGUGGACCUGGUGGACGGAAUCCAGCAGCUCAUUCCCUCCUUCAGGGGAAUAAAGUUCUCCGGGAGCGACCUGAUGGACCUGGGCCAGUGCGUCCGGCACAGCCCUCCGCAGUGGUCCGUCCUGUACGGCGUGGACGAGCAACUGUUGGCGGCGCUGGCCAUGGGGGCCCACGGAGCGGUGGGCAGCACGUUCAACUACAUCGGGAGUCACAUGAACAAGCUUCUGUCAGCAUUUGAGGGGGGGGACCUCAUCCAGGCCAGAGCCAUCCAGUUCCAGAUGCAGGAGCUGCUGAGUUUUGCUAUGAGACUCGGCUUUGACGUCGGCGUGAACAAGCAGCUGAUGGCGGAGGUGUCCGGCUUGCAUCUGGGGCCCCCCCGCCUCCCGCUGCUGCAGUGUCCUCUGGAGCGCUCGCAGCAGAUUCUCCAGAAGUACCGCAGCGUGUUCCCCUAAACCCGAAGCCGACCUGCGUCUCAUCAACGGCGGCGGAGUCGUUUCACGCUGGAGGACUGAGAAACAGGCGGUGGUCCCACCUCCAAGACGUCCACUCGGGAGUUUCAGGCACAUUUUUAGAAACAGUUACAAUUUUUACAAAACUUGAAAUGCUCCUUCAGUUAAGGGAAGAACAGUUUUUUAUGGAAAUUUUUAAUGUUUUUACCUUUAAAUGUUUCUAUUUCAUCCAUAAAAAGUAUGUUUGUUUGUAAUGGUGCUAAUUCAGACGUUGCUGCUCAUCUGCUCCUCCUUUGUGUUUUAUAAACCUUUUUAUGUGAACACGUGUGUGUUGAAAAUUUCACCUAAGAUCUUUAUAGAUCAUCAGCAUUGAUCGGACUUCACCUUUAAAUCACUCUUUUUACACUUUUUGAGCCACUUUAACCAACUCUGUGUUUAAUUUGACAUUUUUGGAAACUUGUGGUGAUUGUAAGACUUUAACGCCAGUGAGACUCAGAGAAAAGCUGAACGACUAAAUAACAGGCAUCACAAAGAAAAGAUUUCUUCGCUUGUUUGUGUUUUAGUUUUCUCUUUAUUCUGAAAGGCAGUAAAAGGGAAAAUAAUUUCGUAUUAAAGAUUGUAUUUUAGAAAAUGUUUCGUUACUUUGUGUCACUAAAAGUCUAAUAAAUCUAUGAUGUUUUCUCUCAUAAA